AUGGAAGAUUUUGUAGGGAAAGAGCGUGACAAAAGAAGAAGAAGAAGACGAGCAGCCACCUCCACCAUGUUCUUGUGGGGAAUCUUGUUCUUUGCUCAGUUUUGUUUGGCUUCUUCAUCAGCUCUUUCUCCUGAUCAGUAUCAUCACCAAUCCAUCCCUUCACCAAGGAAGGCUGGUCGUUUCCACAAUACGGCCUCGUUUCAGUCCCCUAGAGCCUCAGUGUCGUUCAUGGGUCCACGUCGAAGAGAAGAAAACAUAGAUGAUGUUUUUAAUGACGACAAGAGAUUAGUUCACACAGGUCCAAAUCCUCUCCACAACUAA